AGAUUGCAAAAAUAAUAACGGGCAGAUAGUUUUGCCUAUAUUCUAUAAAGUGAAACCAGCUGACGUGGGACAUCAAAUCGGGAGUUUUGGAGAAGCAUUUCAUAAGCGUGAGAGUCGUUUGCUUGAGAGGCGUUUCGACCCGACGAUUCUGAAGAAAUGGAAGCAAGCACUCCUUGAAGUCAGCACCUUGAAAGGAUACAAAGCCGCGGGGUAUGAAGCAAAGUUGGUGAACUCGGUUGUCCGAAAAGUGUUGAGCGAACUGAAGAAAAAGUUUGAGUUGGUUGUUUCUGAGAAUUUGGUCGGAAUUGAUAGUCAUGUGAAGAAUGUUUUGGAAUUUGUGGAGAACAAAUCUCAUGCCACCCUAUUUGUUGGCAUCCAUGGAAUGGGAGGCAUUGGUAAGACUACUCUUGCUAAAGCCAUCUACAACAAGCUCUCCAAUCAAUUUGAGCAUCGUAGCUUCAUUGCUGAUAUAAGGGAAUCAUGGAAGCGUAAUGGCAUACAUUACUUACAGAAUCAAUUAAUCUAUGAUAUAUUGAAGCGAGAAAAUGAAGUUCGUAAUGAUGAUGAAGGGACUAAGUUCAUCUCCUCAAAGUUUAAAGAUAAAAGGGUCCUCAUUCUUCUUGAUGAUGUGGACAAUAUUAUUCAGUUGAAGUGUUUGGUUGGUAAUCGUGAUUGGUUUUCUUCGGGAAGUAGGAUCAUUAUUACUACCAUAAAUGAGAGGAUUCUUGAAGAAGUUGGGGUGGACUACACCUACGACCAUAAGGAAAUGGAUAAAGAUCAAUCUUUGCUCCUAUUUAGCAAACAUGCGUUUCGAAAGGACUCUCCUCCCAGGGAACUUAAGGACCUUACUUGUGAAGUUGUAUCCAAAACUGGAGGACUUCCUUUGUCCCUUGUGGUUUUAGGUUCAUUAUUGUGCGGAAAAAAGUUAGCAUUCUGGAGAGGUACAAUGGAAAAGUUAAUAAAAGUGCCUCCUAAGGAAGUGCGAGAGAAGUUAAGGAUAAGUUAUGAAGCAUUAGACUAUGAAUAAAAACAAAUAUUUUUGGAUAUUGCUUGCUUUUUCAUUGGCACUGACAGAAGAAUUGCAUCCUAUAUGUGGGAAGCUUGUCGGUUCUUCCCUGCGGAGGGAAUUGAAGUAUUGAGAAUCAUGUCAUUUAUAAAAAUUGGAGAUGAUCAUGAGUUUCGAAUGCAUGAUCAAUUGAGAGAUUUUGGUAGGGAAAUAGUUCGUGAGGAAAACCAGCGGGAGCCUCGUAACCGUAGCAGGUUAUGGGAUUUCGAGGAAGUCCAAAAAGUGCUAAAGGAAAAUAAGGGAACAGAAAAGAUUGAGGCGAUUAUUCUGAGUGAAGGCAGCUCAAAAGUCUCCGGCAAAACAGCUGAGCAACAUGGUGAUGUUUACACAGAAAAACAAUUCAAGAAUUUGACGAGUCUAAGGUUCCUUCACAUUAAGAGGGCACAUCUCAGUGGAGAUUUUAAGGACUCAAUUGAGGGGUUAAGAUGGCUUCGAUGGCAAAAAUGUCCCAUGAAUUUUGAAGUAAAUAAUUUCCAUGUUAAGGAAUUAGUUGUACUCGAACUGUCAAAAAGCGAGAUAAAUGAGAAAUGGAAAGGAUGGAGUUCUUUCACGGUGGCAAAGAAGCUCAAGUUUCUCGACCUUACAAGUUGUCUGUCCUUGGAAAACACGCACUUCCUCUCAGCUUUUAAGAAUUUAGAGGUUCUGAUCCUCAAUAGUUGUUGGGGACUGCAGCAAAUUGACUCUUCAAUUGGAGACAUGAAGGCCCUCCUUCGCUUGGAGCUGAUCGGCUGUGACAACCUCAUGGAGAUUCCAGCAGAAAUCGGUAAAUUAAAAGCACUGGAGCAACUCCUUCUAGAAGAUACUCAAAAACUUUCUGCAUUACCGGACAGCAUAGAUUCUUUGCAGAAUCUAGAAACUCUAAAUAUUUCUGGCAGUGGCAUAAAAGAAUUACCCAACGGUAUUGGGAGGCUGAGAAAGCUCCGACAUUUAGAUGCUUCAAGGUGCAAUAAACUGGAAGGGGUAAUGCUAGAAAGUAUAGGGUCUUUGGAGAAUCUAGAAAUUCUCAAUGUUUCUGAAACCAGCAUGAAAGAAUUACCCAUAGGUAUUGGGAGGCUGAGAAAGCUCCGAGAGUUACAUCCUUCAAGUUGCAGAAAUCUGAAAGGGGAAAUGUCAGAAAGCAUGUGCAAUCUUUCAUCCCUACAACGCCUUGAUUUUCUUGGCUGUAUGGAGCUCCAAUCACCGCCGGAGCUUCCUUCCAACUUAACAUAUUUGGGUGUCACCUGUCAAAGUCGCAAAUUGCCUUCACUUUCCCACCUAACCCAUCUCAAGGAACUACGGGUGAGUGAAUGCAAAUUUCUCGAGUGCAUCCAAGAGCUUCCAUCAGCACUAUUAAAGACUUGAGAAUGCUCCCAAUGGACAGAUGUUGAACAAUUAAAAUU